AUGAGCCUCGCCGCCGACUCACCGUCGCCCUCCCUCUCUUCCCCGAGCGACGACGACGACGACUUCGCUGACCUUCUAGCCGCGGAGCUCGAGCUCGAGCUCUCCUCCGCCGCCGACUCCGCUCCCCAUGCCGACCCCUCCGCGUCACCCGCCAGCGACCACGACGAAGAGGGGGAGGAGGACGUGGUGGUCGAAGUAGACGCCCUAGAGCAGGGCAGUAGCAAGAGGCGUAGAGUGGGGGAACAGCACCAAGAUCGAACAACAGCAGUGAUGCCUGAUGAAGAUGCCACUGGUUCAUUUAAAGAUGAUCAAGUAAAGAUAUGUCCUCCGCAUCCUGGAUUUUUUGGUGGACUAUGCUUUAGAUGUGGGAAAAGCCAAGAUGAGGAAGAUGUUUCAGGAGUUGCUUUUGGUUACGUCCACAAGGGUUUGAGGCUAGGUACUUCAGAAAUGGACAGGCUACGUGGGUCUGAAGUGAAGAAUUUGUUGCGUGACAGAAAACUGGUGCUUAUUUUAGACUUAGAUCAUACACUCAUUAAUUCAACCAGACUCCAUGAUAUUUCUGCUGCUGAGAUGGACCUGGGGAUUCAAACUGCUGCAUCAAAAGAUCUUCCGAACAAAAGCUUGUUCAAUUUACAGGGAAUGUAUAUGCUUACAAAGUUAAGACCCUUUGUCCGUAAAUUUUUAGAAGAAGCAAGCAGUAUGUUUGAGAUGUAUAUAUACACCAUGGGUGACAAGGCUUAUGCAAUUGAAAUAGCAAAGCUGCUUGACCCUGGUAAUGUCUAUUUUGGUUCAAAAGUGAUUUCAAACUCUGACUGCACUCAGCGCCACCAGAAAGGCCUUGACGUGGUUCUUGGAGCUGAAAGCACUGCAGUGAUUCUUGAUGACACUGAGCACGUCUGGCAGAAGCAUAAAGAAAACCUGAUUCUGAUGGAGAGAUAUCAUUAUUUUGCUGCGAGCUUGCGCCAGUUUGGUUUUAACGACAGAUCUUUGUCAGAGUUGAUGCAGGAUGAAAGGGAGAGCGACGGUGCUUUGGCUACAAUUUUAGAUGUCCUGAAGCGCAUACACGCAAUUUUCUUUGACUCGGGUGUUGAAACUGCUCUUUCUUCGCGAGACGUAAGACAGGUAAUCAAGCGGGUGCGUCAGGAAGUGCUGCAGGGCUGCAAACUAGUCUUCACUCGAGUGUUCCGAUCGGAUUGCCGGGCACAGGAUCAGAUAAUCUGGAAGAUGGCCGAGCAGCUGGGCGCCGUUUGCUGCUCAGAAGUGGAUUCCACUGUCACUCAUGUGGUCGCCCUGCACUCUGGGACAGACAAGGCCCGCUGGGCUGUCAAGAACAAGAAGUUCCUGCUCCACCCGCGCUGGAUCGAGGCCUGCAACUACCGGUGGCAACGGCUGCCGGAGGAAGGUUUCCCGGUACCUAAAUCCAAGGAGAAGGGCAAGGAAAAGGUUACGGAGGAUGCUCAGACUGACUCGUAGGGUAUGCGCAGCUGAUUAACCGAUCAACUACUGGUUCGGAUGCCAUGUUUACGACUAACUUAGAUCUGUAGCUACGCAACACUGCUUUUGGGAGACUAUCUUAGGAUACUAGUCUCCGUGGGAUAGAAAGUUUAGCUUUUGGGGGUCCGCAGUGUUAUCUAUGGAACGUGUGGCAUGCAUUUUGUUGCUGGCCUGCAUUACAU